UACAACAGCUGCUUCUAGUAGUUACUACUCUAUUUUAUUAAUUUAAAAUUUCAGUUUGGUGAUUGUUGGAACAUUAUUCUUAACAAGCAAAGCAGUUCUCAUUUUAGUUCUUUCCCAUCUGUGUUUUUUAUUCCAAUGAUAUGUAUACAUGUCCUGGGCUUUUGCUUUUUUGGACUGGGCUCUUAUAGCUCACUUCCUUGCUUGAAUUGUAGCAUACUUGUGCCCUGAUAUCUAAAAUUUCAACUGUCUUUUACUAGGCUAUUCUGACACCAGAUGAGGAACAACACGGACUCACAUGACCAAGCCGGUAUUGUCUACAAUGGCAGUUUGGUGCCUCUUCUUAAACUUCUUGACUCGAAAAAUGGAUGUUUGCAACAUAUUGUUGCAUUUGCUCUUUAUGGUAUUGCAGAGAAUGAGGAUAAUGUCUCUGAUUUUAUCAAGGUAGGAGGUGUUCAAAAGCUACAAGAUGGUGAAUUCAUUAUCCAGGCAACUAAGGACCGUGUAGCAAAGACAAUGAAGAGAUUAGAGGAGAAGAUUAAUGGGCCAGUACUAAAGCAUUUAUUAUAUCUGAUGCGAGUUGGAGAGAAGGCUGUCCAAAGACGUAUAGCUUUGGCUCUUGCUCAUUUAUGUUCACCUGAGGAUCAAAGAACUAUUUUCAUUGAUGAUGAUGGACUUGAUCUUCUUCUCGAACUACUGGGAUCGACUAAUCUAAAACAACAGCAAGAUGCAUCAGUUGCUCUUUACAAGGUGGCUAAAAAAAUCCCUGACUCUAUUCUGUUGAUGCAGCUUCUCCAUCCCCCUCAUCUCAGGUUUGCUAAAAUAGGCAUUCCUUAAUUUUGUUUCUAAGCAGUUUUAGCAUUAAAACAUGUCCCAUAUUCACAUAAAUACAAAAACAUAUAAAAGGGUCAGAUUUUCAAUUCUUGGAGCUAGUUACAUGGAAUUUGAAAGUGCUUAUGUAAUUGCU